CCACCCUGGCCUCGCCUUUUUCCUGCCCCUUCGCCACCUUCUUCCCGCCUUUUUCCCGCCCUUUUUUCCCGCCCUUUCCGCCGCCCCUCAGGGCCCUGCUGCCAUUUUGGGCCGCCCUGACCCCAAAUCCUCGGGAGUUUUGGCAAAAAUUUUCCUGGAAUUUGGCCCUGGUGAUGAAAUCCAGGUCUCUGUGCCCUCGGAAUCGCGGGAUUUGUUCCCAAAUCGAGGUUUUUUUGGGAUAAUUCCCGAUUGUUCAGAUUUCCUAGGCUUGGAUUUUGUGGUUUUGAUUGAAAGGGAGGAGGAAAAUCCUUGAAAAUUCCCAAAAAAUCUCUCCAGCAGCCACAAAAAUUCAAAUAAAAAUUUGCCAAAAUCCCCGAAAUUCAAAGAAACAUUGUCCAAAAUCUUCAAAAUAAAUUAAAAAUCCCCACAGAUACACAAAAAUUUACAAAAACAAAAUCCACAAAAAAUUUUUUUUAAAAAUUUAAAAGUGCCCUGCAACCCAAAAAUAACCCAUCAAGAUCUAAAGAAUCCAUUAAAAUCUUUUAACAUUCCUUAAAAUAAAAAAAAAAAAUCAGAGCAAUCCCUAAAAAUCAAUGAAAGCCUCACAAAAAUCCACAAAAAAUAAAAUCCAUGAAAAUUCUGCAAAAGUCCACAGAAAUCCCCCUCCAAAAAAUCCCUAAAAAAUCAAUUUUAAAAUUAAUAGAAAAACACUAAAAAUCCCAAAAAAUCCUUGGAUGAAGGGAAAAAAAAAACCACAAACCUGCAACUCUCUGGAAUUGGCUCCAAUCCAAGCCCCAAAAUCCAACCCCAAAAAUUCCUUGGAUUAAAUUUUAACCCUCUGGAGGGGAAGGAGGAACCGGAACAUUUCCAGGACCAUCCCUGGAGUGCCCCUGUGGGCCCUGCUCCGGAAAAUCUAAAAAAUCCCUCCAAAACUCCCAGGAUGGACGAGGAGGAGCUCCAGGAUGACCUGCGCCUCUUCCCAGGCGGCGCGGCGCUCCCGGCGCGGCUGCGCUCCUUCCCGGCCGUGUACCUGAGCCUGGCGCUCUCCUCGCUGCUCCUGCUGGGCCUCAGCGCCCUGGCGCUCGCCAGAGUUUCCUCCAUUUCCUCCAAACUCCACCAGGAGAAACCAGAGUGGAAUUUUUCCAGUUGGGAUUCCUUCCUGUUCCCGUGCGGGGCGGAUUCCCGGGAAUGGGAGUAUUUCUCUGGGAAUUGUUAUUAUUUCUCGCUGGCGCGGCUGAGCUGGGAGCGGGCGCGGGAGCAGUGCCGGGAGCGCCGCGCCGACCUCGCCGCCGUCGGCAGCUUCGCCGAGCAGUUCCUGAUGUCCCGCGCACGGAACGAGCGCUUCUGGAUCGGCCUCACCGACCGGAAUUCCGAGGGAGACUGGGAAUGGGUCGACGGCACUGACUACAAAUCCUCCUUCACGUUUUGGCAGGAGGGGGAGCCCAACGACAGCGGGAAUAACGAGGAUUGCGCUCACCUCUGGAUCUCCGGGAAGUGGAACGACGUCCGCUGCACCUUCGAGUGCUUCUUCGUCUGCGAGCGCCCCCUGCCCCAAAAAUCCCCUUUCUCCCACUAAAAUCCGGGAUCUCAAUUCCCAGUUUUCCCGGUUUUCCCACCCCGCGGGGCUGCGGCGCGAAAUUACAAUUUUAAAAAAAGGGAAUUUUUAGGGGAAUAAAAGGAGAUUUCUGGUCUGUUUUGUGCGAA